AUGGCAGUGGUGCUCAAGUCCAUCCUAGGGAAAGAGGAGAGGAUAAAGAAGGCCACCAGUUCCUACAUCGACGACAUUUUGGUUGACGAGACUAUAGUGCCAGCCACCGAGGUAGUGAGACACCUGGAGAGGUUUGGGCUGAUUGCGAAGCCGCCUGAGUCGAUGGUGGAGGGAGCUGCGCUGGGGCUGAAGCUACAAAAAGACAGAUCAGGCGAGCUGGUGUUCCGGAGAGGAAACGAGAUCCCAGAGCUGAGUUCCAGCAUCAGCAGGAGAGAGUUGUUCUCGGUUUGUGGGAAGUUGAUUGGACACUACCUGAUCGCUGGUUGGCUGUGCACUGCAUGCAGUUACACCAAGAGACGAGCAGAGGGGGAGAGUUGGAGUGACAAGGUGGGAGAGGCGACGGUGGCGAUGAUGCGGGAAAUCCUAGAGAGAACGAGAGCGGAAGACUCGGUCAGAGGAAAUUGGUAUGUGCCCAAGACGGAGUGCAGGACGGUUUGGUGUGAUGCUAGCAGUAUAGUGAUAGGGGUUGUGUUGGAGAUUGAAGGUGCUGAGGUGGAGGAUGCGGCCUGGCUACAGAAAGCGGACGACUUCAACCACAUGAAUGUUGCCGAACUAGAUGCGGUGCUGAAAGAGGUGAACUUGGCCCUGAGAUGGGGGCUGCACUCGAUCGAGAUCCGGACGGAUUCGGCCACUAUGGUCGGCUGGGUAGGAACAGUAAUUAACAGCGAGAAGAGAGUCCGGACGAAAGGUGCCGCGGAGAUGUUGGUGAAACGCUGCCUAGGAGUUCUAGGAGAGCUGAUCGCUGAGUUCGGACUGAAGCUGAACGUGGUUUUCGUGCCUUUGGAAAGAAACAGGGCGGACGCACUGACCAGGGUGAAAAGGGCGUGGCUGGAGGAACCGGAGGAAGCAAGGAAAGGGAUAGCGGCAGCUUGUCGGCUGGGUGACUCCGAACUGAAGGAGCUACAUGCUAUGUACCACUUGGGGGUGGAUAGGACCCUGUAUCUGGCAAAAAUGAUUGAUGCUGACGUCACUAGGAGAAACGUCAAGAAAGUGGUCACGAAAUGUGACAGAUGCCAGUCCAUUGACCCCGCCCCAGAACAUUCAGGAUGUGACAGCUUGAAGCAAGAGAGAGCUGAGAGUUGCAUGCAUAGCCAGUUGGCUCUUGUUACAGUCGAGUAG